UUUGGCGAUGGUGAUUCGGAAACACAUCGACAUUUUUCCAGACGACCUACUGGCGGGUUUGCCACCUGAGCGAGAACAAUACCAGAAAAUCGAGCUGGAGCCCGGCGUGCAGCCUACUGUUCGGACUCAAUGGCGGCUGACUCAGCCCGAGCUGGAUGAACUUCGACGCCUGCUGGACUACCUGCUCGAGGAAGGUUUCGUUCGCCCCAGCACUUCACCGUUUGCAGCUCCAAUACUGUUCACCCCGAAGAAAGAUGGUAGUCUACGAAUGUGUAUUGACUACCGCACCUUGAACCGGGUUACCAUAAAGUCUCGCUAUCAUAUCCUGCGUGCCGACGAACUCAUCAACCAACUUCGCAGAGCCAAAUUCUUCUCGAAAAUUGAUCUACGAGGCAGUUGCCACCAAAUCCGCGUGAACGAAGCUGACUUCUACAAGACGGCGUUUCGGACCCGGUACGGGAGUUACGAGCACAUGGUUAUGCCUUUAGGCUUAACAAACGCACCUUCGACAUUCCAGUUAACCAUGGACGAGGUUUUUUGGCCGCUGUUGGACAAAUGCGUCAUCGUGUACCUCGACGACAUCUUGGUCUACAGCACUACCCAGGAGCAGCAAUUGAAGGAUUUGACCGAAGUUUUCUCUCCCUUGCGGCAGCAUCGACUCAUCACCAAGGGCUCUAAGUGCCAAUUUCUAAAACAUGAACUGGAGGUUUUGGGCCACGUAAUUUCCAUCGACGGGGUUCAAAUUGACCCAAAGAAAAUCGCGACAAUCCAAGACUGGAAGCCGCCGGCUAAUCUCCGUGAACUUCAGAGUUUUAUGGGGUUCGUGAAUUACAUUCGACGUUUCAUUCCAAACAUGGCAGGUGUAACUUCCCCUCUCACGGAUCUCCUGAAGAAGGGCACCUCCAAGGUUUUCCUGACUACACAUCCGGUUCUUCGGAUUGCAGAUCCUCACCGUCCAUUCGAGCUCAUCACCAAUGCUAGCGAUCUGGCCGUUGGCGCAGUACUGUUACAAGACUUCGACGAAGGCCUCCAACCCAUCGCCUACGAGUCCCGAAAGCUGAACCCGGCCGAGCGAAACUAUUAUGUCCACGACAAUGAGUUACUCGCCAUCGUUCACGCUUUCAAGGUCUGGCGCUGCUACAUGACGGGCGCUGACAUGACAGUUCGAACAGACCACAAGUCACUACAGUUCAUCCGCGCCCAACCGACACUGAAUCCCCGACUGAUUCGCUAGCCCAACUACAUCGAGUCCAAUUUCCACU